AUGGCAACUUUCAACCGAUUUCCUGAUUUGCCCGCAGAGCUCCGAGUUCAGAUCUGGAAACUCGUUAUCCGAGAGGACCGACCAGGAGUACACAUUUACAAUCGUUAUGGCCCUCGGUUCAUGAUAUCCAAGCAGUGUUGCAGUGACACAUUUGCAGAACCCUUGCCACUACACUAUUUCAACAGCGUCAAAAAAGAUGCCCCUCGCAAAAACGUCUCAACAUAUCUGAUUGACGGCGGAUUGUGGACCGCUUGCAAAGAAUCUCGGUUCAUCAUGGAGAACCAUUUUCGCCAGUCGGAAUGGGUUGAUAGUCUUUCAAUUCCCAAAGAAGAACGCGACAGUCGAGAGCGAGAAAUCCCCGAGGAGACAAAACUCAAAAUACCCUCGACUGGCAAAUUCUUCGGAGGCCCUCUUCACAACCUCACAGUAUUUCCUAAUCGAGACCUCUUUGUCUUACAGGUCGAUUGCUUGGACAGGGUCGACUGGGACAAUAUUGGUAUCGAAAGCAGCCUUGGAUGGGGUUUGCUAGGCUGUAGCGGCAUCAAUCAUAUAGGUAUCGAGUUCAACCCAGAUUGGUGGGACUCGGAGAAUGGUCGGUGGGAUUGGGAAGUUUUGUACACCCUCACGGAUGCUGCCCACAAUGUUUUCCCCCUUUACAAAAUCUGGAUCGUCGAUCAUGGCCUCAAAAGGAGAAAGGAUGCUCCUGCUUUUGAGGAGAGAUCAGAUGUUUAUUAUCAUUUGAAUGCCUUCUACACUAGCGACAGAAAACUUCUGGAGGUUGAUCCCCAGCAUCCUGGGCCCUGGACGGACCUUAGUACGGGGCUGACACCUGACGCAUACCCCCGCGAAGAUAACAAAAGCUCUCUGAGUUUUGUCGAGCACCUUGUGUCUGAUAUCGAGCAUGAUAGACAUCUAGAGUUUGAUGAAAAUCCUAGGAGAGACCCUUACCCAUGCUGCAUCGGGAUUCUUGGCUGGGAUGACUUUCGCGUUGCAUUCCCACAAAAUGAACGCGGAUCCCCCUGUUCUCCCCCCUCACGUCCCCCACCGAGCGCAAACAAAGCGAUACAGCAUCCAAGAGCAAGCGACUUGGUAAAAAGUCCGGACUCUGCGCAGCGUGUGACCCCAAAGUCGGACACGACGAUCUCAGGGUUCAUGGGACUCUGCGAGCAUCUCAAGGUCGAUAGGCAAGUGAACCUCGACACAUUUGAGAGUUGUGGUAACUAUGAUAGUGCUUCCCACAACGAACGCCCCAACUGGACCAUUUCGAAGAUGUUGAAAAUCUCGGAUGGGAUGGUGAGGGCUGCUCGCAAAGAACGAAGUUGA